AUGGAUCAACGAGUGCAGUGUCCCGUAUGUACGCUGUACCUCCACAAUGGGAUGUCUCUUGAGACUCACUUGGACACCCACCCUAAAGACCAAGUUAUUAAAGCCUUAUGCAGCUUGUCUGUCAAAGGGAAUGACAGCAGGAGUAGAACACCGACUCCAUCAAUUUCUGAAAGGUCGUACAGAAGUAGAACACCUGUGACGGAUGAUAGUGUCAGAUGGUCAGCUUCCAGACGCAGUGCUGAAAGUAGUUACUGGAGAAGAACACCAAGUAGAAAUAAAUCCUCAUCAUCAUCAAACUCAAGGAAUUGCACACCAGACAUAAGGAAUAACUCUGCGAAUUUUGAGAAUAAUGUGGGAAAUCAAUUCUCAGAUUUUUCUGAUUGUUCUGUCAAAACUACUAAAGUUGGACAAUCUUACACUCCAAAUCUCCCAACAAUGCAACAAAGUGCUAGCCAGCAAUAUCCUAUCUACAAUGAGACUCAGGAUGAUCCCGAAAUCAAAUAUUCUCGAAGCUCCGAUUACAGCACAGGUAAUACAAACCAUCUAUUUGCCUAUAAUGUUCCAGUCUUGAGUUCAAAUUUAAAAAUGCCAACUGUAUUGCCCACUCAACAGACUGUUAAAAAGCAAAACUUUGUUAAAAUUCUUCCUAAACCAAACAUGAUCAUAAAGAAUGAGAGUAGAUUGGGCUAUAUAACUUCUGGAGUGAAACCGUAUCCGGUAUUGAUGUCUACUUCACCAACAUAUGUACAGAAAAAUAUUCAGACUAAUUUGAUGAUGACUGGAAAUGUCCCAGUUUCUGGGCCUACUGUGACUCCAAUGGCAAAUCAAUUCCCUCAAAUAAAUCCAGAGAAUGUAGCCACUGGUACAACAGUUGUCACCCAAAACUCUCAGAUCAUUUAUCGUGAGAUGGUACACAACAUCGACGGUAAACCAUACAUUUCAAAUAUUCCUCAUGUGCUGAGUGCACAUGAAAACAUGGCUCAAAGUAGUUCAGUGUAUCAGAAUGUUAUGGUUGUUGACCCGUUUUGUAGUAGUCCAUGUAUGUAUAACACUCCUCAGCCUAUAAUAACUAAGACUUGCAAUCCACCUAUAUUUAGUAAUAACUUGCCACAUAUACCAACAUCUAUAGAUAAAUCUAUACCUAACAUUGUAAAUGAAGUAAAUAAAACAUUGAUUAUGGAGGUUAGUCCCAUGAUGGAUAUGCAUGAAGUUGAAGAAGUAAGGAUGGCACAUACACAAUUGCCUGUAGAAAAUAACUCUUCACAAAGACAUAGUGAAUCAGAGGCCAGGGAAUUGAAGGACUCCACACCUGGGCCUUGUAAAGGGCUAAAGAUCCUUAGCAACAUUAAGGUGGAAGUGCCUGUUCAGCAUCAUAAGAACAUGAUCAACACAAUCAUGGAUCUUACUGGUCCUGGUGAUUCUGGAUACAUUCAAAGAGCAAAUUCUCCAGAAAGAAUCCUGCCAGACUUAAAAGAGAGCCAGCCAUUGGAAGAGAACUGCGUUCAGGCUUUGAGUAGUUAUAAUGAAAAUAUGAUACCAAAUAGUUUCUCCGUAAUAAAGAAUGUGGGAAAUCCACAGUUAUGUAAAGAUUAUUCAUCAAAGCAAAAUAGUCUGAGGGCAGAGACUGAAUUUUCAGACAGUUGUCCUGUUCCGGACCUCAUUUGUAAUGAGAAACCGUCCAUAUCACCAUGUAGUGAUUUAUUGGAAAAUUCAAUGGAUCGGUGUACACCGGUGACUAAACAUGAUCAAAUGGAAGAGCCAGGAUUAAGUCAUAAAACAGAAUCACUAACUGAUGAAGAUAAGAGGAAUAAAAGAAAACCCUCAGCUAACAGUGAGGUCCCUUCUAAAGCUGGACAGACUACUUCGAAAGCAUCAGACAGUUUAUCUUCUAAAAAUGAAGACGUUUCACCAGCCACGCAGGCAGUUACAGAGCCUCCAAAUGAUCACAAUGAUUCGGAUCUCACCGCAACAAAUGCACCUAAACCGUCCAAACCAAAGAACCAUCCGCUGAGAUUAAACAAUAUUUUCGUGAAGAAAAAUAAGAGAAUAUUAAAAAUUAAAAAUCUUAAACCGCUUCAAACUGAUGUUGAAUCGCAGCCAUCCUCAUCCACCAGUAGAUCGGAGUAUUUUGAAGUAAAUAUCGAGAAGGAAUGUAAGACCGAAUUGACCGUUGAGAAGAGAGAAAUAGAGAACAAGGAUUCCGAGUUUGACGCCGACAUCGAGGAACAAUCUAUGGACUUGGAGCCCACGGCGCCGUCGACCAUUAGUCAUUCGAAGGCGUAUUCAGCUAUAGACAUGGUGAUUAAAGAGGAAAUCAAUUCGAGCAAUGAGUUCAGCAACGAAGCGGAUAGGUCUGGGCGAGACCUGGCCUCGCUGGAGAUCUUGCGACCGAUAAACGUUAUCACCUACGGUAACAUGGGUGCCGCUGACUUUGACGACGACUCGAAUCACCGCGAAUUGCUAGACCUGGAGACGACGUCGAAGAACAAACAGUUCGUGAACAUGAUCAACGAGAAUUACUUCGGGGACAAUAUUUACGCGGACUACUUCACACCGGACAGGGUGGAAAGUUUCGGGGCAGAGAGGGAACAGAACCAGGAGAGAGAUAUGUAUCAUAUUUGGGGGGAGCCGUCGCAGAAGGAGAAUGAGUUUGUGUUGCCGACUUUUAUCCACGAGAGUUAUAAGAUCGCUGAGAGCAAUAUGGACUAUGAUAUGUCGGAUAAUCAGAAUGUGCCGGGGCAAGGUGACAGGGAUAGCAAGGCUGAUGUUUUGCAAGAAAGUCGGGGAGAUGAGCCGCCUUUGAAUAUCUGCGCCGAUGAACGGAUGCCGCCCAGGGGGGAGUUGAGCGGACAAGAGAGUAACGGGGAUAUGGAGUCGUCGUGGAGUGGGAUGUACCCCGAGGUGACGCCGGCGGAGCCCUACGAUUUGAUAGCGCGUGAGAGCUGGGUAUCUGAUUGCUCGGACGUGGAUGCUAAUGAAAAGACGGAAAAUUUGGAAGAAGAGUCAUUCUCGAAGGUUCGUCUACACACAUGCACUCAGUGUGGGCUCAAAUUCCCUACCUUAAAAGAGUUGAGGUCCCACUGCAAUGCUUCAUACUCACACAGUCGGAUGGCGAGAUGCAUUAAGAAGGAAGAGAAACCAGAUGAACCCUCUCUGUCAGUUUCAGGGAGCCUUAUGUUCGAGUCGAAGGAACGCAUAACAACAUCACUAUUACAAGACUUCGACCCCCUGUCCGAAGCUAAGCCAGAACUGAUCUUAAUAAAACAAAAGAAGAAGCGAAACAAUUUCAUGUGCUUUACGUGUAACGUAGAUCAGGUGAACUUUGAACAGUUCAACAAUCACCUUAAGAUUCAUCCGUUGGAAUGUUACACGUGUGGAAAGUUCUUUUAUAGACGGGCGAACCUGGUCCUUCACAUGAAGACUCAUCUUGGGAUAAAGAAUUAUAAAUGUGAAGUUUGUCCAAAGCGGUUUAUAACUCGACAGAAAUUGAGUGAACACCGCAACAUCCAUACUGGGCUAUCUCCAAUUAAGUGCACCCUCUGUGAUGAGACCUUUCGGAGACAUUCCAACAUGGUGCAGCACAGAGACCGCCAUCACUUCAAAAAGAAGGCCAAAGUGCGCGAUUACAUUUGCCACUGCGGCUCGAUCUUCCACUCGCGCGCGAAGCUCCUCUGGCACCAGGAGACGCACGAAGACCGGCCUAAAGCGUGCCCCUACUGCGGAGAUAAGUUUGUGCACGCGGCGUCGCUCACCAGGCACAUUCGCCGAUCGCACAACGAGUACUAUCUGUCGGACAAGAUGAAGGGCAGCGAUAAGAAUGUCACUUGUCCAGUCUGUAAACAGGUCUACCUACGCACGAACCUGCGCGCGCACCUCCUAACGCACAGCGGCAAGCGGCCCCACUCGUGCGUCAUAUGCAACAAGUCGUUCACCACCAAGUGGAACCUAAAGCUUCACCGCUGGACGCACACCAGCCGAUCGGCGAAGCCGUUCAAGUGCAACCUCUGCAACGGCGCCUUCUUCCGCCAGACCGAGUACACGGCGCACAUGAAUGCGCACAAAUCGGUCCGGCCCUACACCUGCAAAUACUGCGGCUGCCAGUUCAUCAGGAAGUACAAUUGCCAGCGGCACGUGCGCGAGCACGAGACGACGAAAAAGUACGUGUGCAAAGUGCCCGAGUGCGGGAAAUCGUUUCACAGGAGCUACUAUCUGUCGGAGCAUAUGCGCGUGCACAGCGGCGCGCGGCCGUUCGCGUGCAACACUUGCGGCAAGACAUCUAGCAAUAAGUCGAAUCACAAUAAGCACGUGAAGAUACAUCACGCGCGCGAGCCCAUUGCGACGGAGGCUUAG